AUGGAAAGCAAUUUAACCCAAGAUAUGGAUGAAAAUCCUUAUCUCUGUUUCCAGAGAACACCAUCUUUGCGUCGCAAAUGGAGAAAACGUUAUGGGGGCUUGGAUGGUAACAAAUUGCUGGAGCCAAACAAGGAGGAUGACAUAAGAGAGAAUGGUGUAAUGACAGACGGCCUCUCAAAGAGGAAUGCAGCCCCCACGAAGAAUACAGAAGUUCAGGAGACCAGUCUUGCAAAAAGCUUUCCAAAUCCAUUGCCAAGAAAUUCAGUCCCGUCUCUGAGGCAUGUCAACUUUGUGGCUCCAGGCUCAACAGCUUUGUCAGCCUUUGUCAGCACAAAAUCGUGCAUCCCUUAUACAGAACAGGAGCGAACCCUCACUGCCCAGCCCUGGCUAAACAUCAGUAAAACUGAAUCUCAGAACAGCCAGAGCAGAAGGAAAGUGGCUGUCGAUUUGCUGUUUGAAAGCUUUGCCUGUGGAGGAAGAGUCAGCACCAAUCAUUUCUUUGAGAACAUGUGGAGCUCAGGCAUCUUAAGAACUGACCCACGGAUUAAAGACUGCUAUGCACUGAUGAAAAAGCUGCAGGAUGAUGAUGGGGCUGUGGACAGGAAUACUUUCCAAAGGUGUGUGACAGGCUUUGUGUCUUUCAUUUUGAAAGCUGUGCAAGGCCGGUUUGUCAUCCCAGAUUUCUUCACAUUCGCUGAAGAGACUCAAAAGUUGUUUAUUAAAUGUAAACAGCUGUCUUCUGUAAAGGAGAAAGAUGAGGGAACCGAAGGCAGUGGAAAAUGGGGGGCUUCAAUCUGCACAGUGGAUGGUCAAAGGCUCUCUCUCGGAGACUGUAAUGAACCUUGUGUUCUAGCAGAAAUUGCCAGGCCUCUUAUAUACGGACUCACAGUGGAUCAGCUUGGAAUUGACCAUGUACACAGACAUGUAGGAUUGGAGGAAUAUUCAAAAUAUCAUUCACCUUUUACCCUAAGCAAACAAGGUGUUCCACACAGUCCCCUGAUUGAAACAGGUGCUAUCAUCUGUGCAUCACUGCUGCAGCAGCUGUCAGUGAGGUCAGUUACAGAGGAAGAAGAGACGUACGAGUUUGUUUUAAAUAUUUUAAGAAAACUAUGCAACAAAGAACAUGCCAGCUUAAACUGUACAAGUUACCAAAAUCUGAGAAAGGACAUCAUUCGUCUACACGCUCUUUCAUUUUAUCUUCAAGAAAAGAAGUGCUUCCCUAACAAUGUUGACAUAAAUGCCACACUGGAUCUGCUGUUACAGUGUUUGUCUACAGAAGUCACUUGUGAAUCUGGAGCAGCAGUAGCAGCAACUUUAGCUAAUGGUGGUCUCUGCCCAAUGUCAGGUGAUCAAGUCCUCUCGGCCUCUGCGGUUCGGAGCACUUUAUCGAUUAUGCAAGUAGCAGGAAUGAAUGACUAUUCCAGAAUAUUUCAUUUUAAGACAUCUGUGCCUGCCAAAUCCAGCAGCUCUGGUGUUGUGCUGAUAGUAGUCCCCGGGGUGCUGGGCAUCACUUGCUGGUCACCAGAGUUGGAUGCACAUGGAAACUCCUGGAGGGCUGUGCAUUUCUGUGAGGAGCUGGUGUCAGCUUUUCAGCUUCACAGCUUUGAUAUCCGGACUCCAUUUAGACAGGUGCUGUCCUACAGGCAAUGGAAAGUAGAAUCUGAGGGUUACCAAAUCAUGAACAUCCUGUUGGCUGCUUACAGAGGGGACACCCAAUCAUUACGAAGGUACUUUCUGUCUGGAGCAGAUAUGAAUGCAGUGGAUUAUGAUGGAAGAGCUGCACUUCACGUUGCUGCUUCAGAGGGGAAUUUGGAGGUCAUCAGGUUUCUUCUGGAGAACACUGGAGCAAAGUGCACACUAAAGGACAGGUGGGGAAAUACAGCUUUGCAGGAGGCUCUACGAUGUGGUCAAGGUCAAGCUGUGCAGCUUCUCUCAAAGUAUACAGACCCUAAGGAAAACUUAUGAUUGAAUACCAGUAC